AUGUGAGCUCACCCCCGGAAGCUGAGCGCCGCCAUUUUGCUGGGCGAGGUGGCCGGUCGGCGGGCGCGAUGCGCAUCGAGAAGUGUUAUUUCUGCUCGUCGCCCGUGUACCCGGGACACGGCAUGAUGUUCGUCCGCAACGACUGCAAGGUUUUCAGAUUCUGUGGAUCAAAAUGUCAUAAGAAUUUUAAGAAGAAGCGUAACCCAAGAAAGGUCAGGUGGACAAAGGCCUUCCGCAAGUCAGCUGGCAAAGAGUUGACAGUGGAUAAUUCAUUUGAAUUUGAAAAACGUAGGAAUGUACCAGUCAAGUACCAGAGAGAGCUGUGGUCUCUGUCAGUUAAAGCAAUGAAGAGAGUUGAGGAAAUCAAACAGAAGCGCCAAGCAAGAUUUGUUAUGAACAGAUUGAACAAAAGUAAAGUGUUACAGACAAAGGCCGACAUCAAAGAGGUCAGACAGAACAUCCAUCUCAUCAAGGCUCCUCAUGCAGACAAGUCAAAGAAAUUGGAGGAAAAGAUAGUGGAGACUUUGCCGGAAAAUAUGGAAAUGGCAGAAGAUUCUUAACUUUUACUGCCGGUAACCAGAAAGGACUGUAUGAGAUACGUGUGCAGCCGAGAUCCCAUUAAUUUUCAUCUGUCGAGCUGUGGAUAAAAUAAAAUCUUAAAAUUUAUCCACUAGUGACCCAACAAUCCUUUGUAACUCUUUGACCGAUGUAAUUUAAACAGGUGGGAUAUAUCAGAUUCACCUGUCUUGUCCUUCCAGGCUCCAGUUGACCUCCCUGACGUUGACUAUUAAAUAUUCAUAAAGCACUUCGCUUCCAUAAAAGCAGAAAGAGCGAUGAUGGUAGAUAAGCUGAACAGUUGGAAACCGCCUCCGUGGAUUUGAUUUAAAUAACCUCAAUAUUUUUUCUCCCUUUAUUAUAAACCUCUUCCAUAAGUAUAUUUUUAAAUGGUUGUUGAUUGAGUUGCUAGCUUCAAACGUUGCUGCUGUCGACUAGAAAUGGAAAACUCCAGUCAACAGGUUAAAAAUCUGUGAUAUCUUGAUUUUGGAAAAUCGUGAUAUUUAUGCAAAUAUUUGAUUACCUGUUUUCAUUUGGUGAAUUAAAUUCGAUAUAAUAUAUACUCUGGCUCAAUUCUGAUUGAUAUAUGGCAGUGUUUACUGUAUGGAUAGUCCUCUCAGCCUUGUUCAUCUCACCUCAUAACGUAUUAUUUACACCUCUCCUUUGUAUGUGUUCAGCUUUUCUUAAAUGCAGCACUUUGUGUUUACUGUCUUUUCUGAUCGUCCCAUGUUAUUGGUGUUAGUUUGAAGAAUUAUGCGCUGGGGACCCGCGUCGAUCUGAUCUUGGGCGCUUCUGCAUGGUGCUUAAUAUCCUAAUGAUUUCCCAGAUUACUGAUUCAUACCAAUUCUAAUUAUAAUUAAUUCAAAUUCUGUCAAAUUUUACUGUUUGCUCUUUGUUUUCCUGACGAUAAUUUUGCUCGAUUCGAUUUAUUGAACCCUAUAAUCUACAUGUCAGUGCUUGAUGUAAACUUAAUGUGUUACCUAUGCAAACUGAAGAGAUGUGUUCUACAAAGUAUAGGCACAAGAGACUGCAGAAGAUAAAAUCUUGAGU